AUGGCUGACACGAUGGAGUUGAAAAUCUGCAGGGAGCUAUUGGAUCCGAAAUUCGACGGUUAUAAGCUUUCAUUGGAUAAACUCCCACUUUACAAGUCACCUUUGGACAACGCAAUUGAAGUGGUAGAUCUCAGUGAUGACCAGUAUUCUUAUCAUCAUGCAAAGAUAUACGGGGUCCACAACCACCUUUUCCUGGAUUUGUGGUCAGAACAAAGUGUCUACUUCAUCAACACAAACUGGGCUGUUAUUAGAUCAACAUCAAUGGGAAUGGCUCUGGACACCGGAAGGAAAGUCUUACAGAUCCCUGAUGCUGCCAACCAGAAGCUGACACCCAAACGACUAAACCUUGUCCUUCAGUUUAUCUCCCAACAAAUGGCUGUCAUAUCUGAUGGAGCUGGUAAAUUCCACUUGAUUGAUACAGGAAACAGAGAAGAUGACUCAAACAAUUGGAAGAUAAUCUUUUCAAAAGAUCUUCUGAACAAUGGGGAGCCAUUUUUGCUGGUAGAUACAGUGGUACACACAGAGGAUGAGACUCACUGUGUGGAGUGCCUUUGUGUCCAUGUUGAGGAAGCCACUGAGGAACUGAAGGACAAGUACAGAACUCCAAACCUAACUAUGUUGGAAUGGAUUACACUCAACUCAGUUGAUAGAAAGUCAUGGAGCGUAGAAAGAACACGCCAGCUGAUAGGUUCGAAGCCAUAUGACUACGCUGCACUAGAUCACACAGGGUCAUCCAUCAUCAUAUCAGCUGCUGCUGAGUACAAGUUUGUGUCAGAUUCCUCAAAACCUGUCCAAGAGGAUACAGAACAAGUGCUUUUAAACAGGCAAAAUGAUGCCCCAGAGUACACUUGGCACCAGGGCUCUGAGGAGAUCUGUGCUAUGUUCACGGUCCCCGAGGGAGUCAAGAAAGGUGACAUCUACAUGACCCUUAAAUCAGAGUACAUUGACAUUGGUAUCAAGAAUGGAAAGGCCCUCCUGAAAGGUCAGCUUCAUCGUCGUGUGGAUGUUGAUGCCAGUACCUGGACCAUCAGUGGACAAAGGAUAGAGCUGACACUCUGUAAGACUGAUUUAGAGGCAUGGCCUGUCAUCGUUCAGGGAGAUGAGAGAGGAGAGAUGACUGUAGAUGAGGGACUCAUAUCACAAAUACAUGAAAGACUUUCACAUCUCACCUCUGAUCAGCUGAACCCUGCUGCGGAAAUGACUGAAGGACAACCUUACAAUGCACAACAGCUGGAAGAUUGUGAUGCUUUCCCUGAAGAUAGCUCUCUGCUCCACCGGAUUAAUGGAAACACACACCGCACAGUGUCAAAGACCAACCUUGGAAGUCAUCAAUGGCUGUUCAAUGCCAGACUUAGUCGUGACCAGCCACCAGUUUUAUGUCUCAGACAUGAUGUCGAUGGUUUACUAUGGCAACCAGAGAAUGUUGUCAAAGAACAAAUAACACCAUGGAAACAUGUAUCAACAUUUAAUGCUUUUGGUUACGUUCAAGCCUCCAAACAACAGCGAAAAUAUUCCAUUUGUCCCCCUGGAAGUUCAUACGUUGCAGUUUGUGACUGUAUAAGGCAUGUAUAUAUUUAUCGGCAGCCUGCUCCUAUCACUUCACCGGUCAGGAAUAGAAAGACUGGGCGACAAGUGAACUCUGUUGCUAAGCAGCAAGUAAUAUCAUUGGAAAGCGUGGACAAUAUCUUAGGAAUACAAGCAACAGAUGAGAAACUCUUUGUGAUUACCAAAAGUGUAGUAUGUGUAGUGAAUGUUAAUACACCUUCAUGAGAUAUGUGGUAGUCAUGUAUAAUUUCUGUUUUUCAUUUCCUUUAGAAAUAUGGUAGACCAUGCCAUAGAGAAAGGAACAAUAUUUCCUUCCUAUCCGUUCAUUUGUUUUCAUGCAGAGUAUCAAAUAGAUGUGAACUGCAAGUGAUAUCAAGCCUACUCCAAGGUUUAUCAUACGUAAUAAAUAUAUUUGGUAAAUUGUGAAUGUAAGUCAUCCUGACAACAAUAUUAACACACUGCAUAGCUUGUAGAUAAUCAUUGGUGACAAUUCACCAUCCAUAAGGAUUGAUAUACAGAUAUGUAUUAUAUACUCAUUAAACAUUCAAUAAGUUGUCACCUAAAAUAAUCUUAAUUCAAAUUGUGUUAUUAAAGUGUUGUGUUACUUGUAGGUUACACAGAGGAAAAAAGUGGCAUUCAUAUUCAAUAAAAUGUACAUGCGAUCUUAAACAAGUUUCAUUUCACAUGAAAUUUUAUGAAACAAGUUAGAAGUUUUUGAUUUUUGAAAACAAAUUUAAGAUACUUUUAUCACAUCAAUCAGAAAAGUCAGGUUUGACAGUAAAACUGUGUGAGACAAAACCAAAUGGAGGAAGACAUUCUGUUGUGCAAUUUUCAAUUAUGACAUUACAUCAUAUUAUGAUAUUACAAUUGAUGUCUGACUGGUGCAACCAAUAAAAAUAAAAAUGCUCUUGUGUAUAGUACACUAGUGACAUAUAUGUGAGAAAUAUGACAUGUAAAAUUCACUGGAAAACAGCUGGAUUAUAAGUGAUAAAUAAAAAAAUAUAAUAUUU